AAAUAUAAUAUUUAAUAUACAGAUAUUUCUAAACAUAUGACAAGUGUAAUGUGCCAAUGGCUCCUCCUCAUGUCCUUCCUCAUUCAGGCUGUCCCCCAGCUCCGCCCAAUCCCCGCCGUAACUCGGUGAAAGUGAAACUCGGGCGGAACGGAAGCUGCUGGUUCAUGUUGGGUUUACAACGAGAGAGACUCGGGGCCGGGAUUCGGACGAUACGGAGAGACCAUGAGCCGGGUGAGGAGCACGCUGCUGCCUCUGGUCCCGGUGUUAGUGCUGCUGCUGACUCUGGGACCGCUCUCAGAAAGCAAGUUGAAGUUAAAAGACAGUCCAAGUUUCGUUGAAGUGAUGUAUAAUGAAAAUGGUCUUCUGAAUUGUGAAAUUGCUGAAUUCACUGGGUCCGAACUGACUCCACAGAACUUGGGCAUUUUAUGGUCUUUCACUAGUGACACCAAAAAAUCAAAUGCAUUUGUCUACACUUCUGGCAUAAUAACUGAGAAAUGGAAAGAAGCUGAGCUACUGACCAGCUCCAUUAUACGUGGAAACAUGUCCCUGUUGCUCAAAGAUGUUGUUAAUAAACAUGCUGGACAGUACCAAUGUGAAAUUUAUAUUCCACCAAAUGAUAAAGCCGCUAAGACGGUAACACUUGAGGUUUUAGCCCGGCCUACAGUAAUCGUGACUUCAGAAAAAGUUGUGGAAGUUGGAACAGGUGGAGAGAUGGCCUUGGGUUGUCAGUUAAGUGGGUAUUAUCCUUGCGAAAGCAAUACGGAAUGGCUGCAGACAACGCCAGCAGAAGGAAAGCCAAACGUGUUGACUGAUAUUUGCACUGCCCCGCCAGUCAAAAACCCUGAUGGAACAUGCAACAUAACCACUGAAGUUAGAUUACAGCCUGGAGUAGAAGAUAUUGGCAGCACUUUCACGUGCCGUGUCUCUCACAAGUCUUUUACAAAACCACACCAGGUGGAAGCUUUGGUGACUUUGAAAGAAGCUGAAAUUCAUUUGUCCAAAGCUUCAAUAAUCGGAAGCAUCAUUGGGAGCAUCAUUACUUCUAUUCUUGUGCUUGGACUAGGAACUUAUUUCUAUAUGCGAUUUUAUUAUAAAGUUGCACCAAACAUGUCAGAUAUUCAAAAACCUGUGCAAAUUAUACAUCAAGAACCUGCAGAACUUAUUUGCCAAGUUUCUGGAUUUCAACCUUGUGUUAUUACAAUUGCCUGGUAUUUGAAGAGGUUGAAUGAUGCUGAAAUGAAGUUGAUUGAUGAAUGGCAAGACAGCAACAUAUUCAGCUUUGCUUUGAACAAGGACAGGAAAAUGGAAAAGGUUGAGAAAAGGAAUGAAACUGGUGAUGAUGUUUGGAAAGUCAGGGCAGGAAGUAUCCAGAAAAAUAAUGAUGGAACUUUCAGCAUUUCCAGCAUUCUCGAGAUUCAUCCUGACAUAUUUGUGGACAAUGAAGCAGAAAUCACAUGUAAAGUGAUGCAUCCAUCCAACAGUGAAGCUAUCUAUAAAAAGAUCAAACUCCAUGUUGAUGGAAUUCCUCCUAAGUUGGCUCACAUAAUUAAGCCACCAAAUGUACAGCAUGACAGUUCUGUGACGCUAACCUGUCCGAUAAAUUUUUUCAAGCCACAUCCUCUAAAGAUCACAUGGUAUAAAGAAAUGGGUGGAGAGAAAAUCCCUUUGCUGCUUUUAGACAAUGCAAAGGAAGAAAAUAUGUAUCCAGAUAAAUAUUCCCAUUAUAUGACUGGAUUUAAUUAUUCUGACCACACUCGCAGUGUCUACAGCAUGCUGCUUUUUAAUGCAACAAUCCAAGAAGAAGACAAAAGUCAGUACUUCUGUAAAGUUGAACACAUUGGCUUGAGCAGUCCAGCAGAGGAACAGGUUCAACUGGACGUAACAGCUUUCCCAUCUCUUGAUGCCAUCUUAAGUGACCCUGUGAACCCUGUAAUUGGAGAAACGUUGACUCUAACCUGCAAAGUGCAUUCCUUUUAUCCUGAAAGUAUUACUGUCCAUUGGUUGAAAAAUGAUGAUGUAGUGGAAUCACAAACACCUGAAACUGUUCAAAAUUCAGAGAAUGGAUUGCACGAAGUUACCAGUUCAUUUAUAAUUACUCCAACCUUAUCAGACCUACAGUGUAAAUAUAAAUGCCAGGUCGAUCACAAGAGCCUUAUGUAUCCAAGAUUUGCAGAAUAUAUUCCUGAACAUUUAGUAUCCCAUCCUCAAGUAUCUGAAAUUACAAGCAAUUCUGCCAACCCUGAAGUAGGGAAGGAGUUGAUUUUAACCUGUAAUAUAAGUGACUAUUAUCCAGAGGAUAUUCAAGUUGAAUGGUUCAGAAACGAAGUGAGAAUUAACAAUAACGUCAAAUAUGAGAAAAUUGUGGAGCAAAAUUCCUGUAAAGAUGGUCUGCACAGCAAAGUCACCACAGUAACUUUGACUCCGAGUACAGAUGAUCAUCAAGUUGAAUAUAGGAUCGAAGUUUGCCAUUCAAAAUCUUCAACCAAACCUAUUAAGAAAUGUUUCCAGCUAUGUCUUAAAGGCUCACCCAAAAUUUCAGUGUUCAGGAUGGAGCCAGAGAACCCUUCAUAUGGACAGCACCUAUCAGUGUUUUGUUCAGUUUCUGGAAUUUCCCAUCGGAAUGUUACAGUGGACUGGUAUAAAGAAUAUCAAUUAAUUAAAAAAGGAGUCACAAAUACAAAGCCUAUACUUAACUCUGACAAAGCCUACAAGAUAGAUGCGUGUCUGAAAUUUUUAGUGACUGCAGAAGACUUUGAAAGAAAAUUAUUCCUUCAGUAUAAAGACAAAGACAAAGGUGAUAAAUUUACACGACAUAUUCACCUUCCCCUCCAAGCUAUGACUCCUGAAGUAUCAGAAAUAGAGUGUCAACCUCCUCAUCCCAAAAAGGGAAAAAAAGCUAUUCUUUGCUGCAAGAUUGAGCAUUUUUGUCCCAUGGAUAUACUGGUUAUUUGGAGCAAGGGAUGGACAGAAUACAAGGAUGAGAAAAACACUGAAAUACCCAAAAUCGAUGAGAAGGGACUUUACUCUACAGUUACAAGGCUACCAAUUGACGUAGUUGAAGGCAGAACAGAAUACACUUGUGAAGUUCGGCAUCCAAAAACCAAUGAUAUUGUAGAGAAGACGUACGUUCUCCAGGUUUAGAUUCUCUACCCUACACAGGCAUCUAACUGACGGACACUCUGUUUCAUGAAAUGGAGUGCUUGCACUUUGAAUUGUGCAUAUUAAGAAUGGAAUAUUUUUAUUGAAAUAAACAAAGACUAAUUAGCAUCUGUGAAACCACAACUCAACAGGAAUUUUAUACAUACUAUGUUCAGUUGUAAACUGUGAAAUUGAAUUUAAAAACUGAUAAUUUGUCUCACACUGAAGAAAACAUUCCACAGAAGCUGUUAGAUUGUCAGAAACCAUCUUUUAUUUAUUUGAUUCCAAUCUAAUGUUAGAUUGCUCAUUUUGGGAAAACACCAAGGAUUUCAGACUUUUAGAAAAUCUUUGAUCUCUGACUCCCUUGGUGCUGUUGGUGCCUUCUGAAGUGGCCUGACAAACCAGCAAAAAUAGAGAUUGAUGUUAAAUGUGACCUCACUUGCAGAACCUGUAAUCAUGGUUGUUUCUACCUUAUGCAGAUCUAAUGAGAAAUGUACAUGAAUGUAUAUAAUUGUGGAUCAUGUUCUGUUAUGAAACUAUGAUUAAAUUGAUCAGCUUGACUGGUUUAACAGUUAAAAUAAUGUUGCAACACUAAAGCACAAGUCGCUUCAGGAUGUAAAAGCAUAGGUACAGAUGAUGCCCUAGUGAUAUUAUUAAGCUAGAGGACCUGGGUUCAACUCCUGCCAUGGCAGAUGGUGGAGUUUGAUUUCAGUAAAACCCAAAACUGGCAAUUAAGAAUCUAAUGAUGAUCACAAAACUGUUGAUGAUUAUCAGAAAAACUCAUCUGGUUCAUUAUUGUCCGUUAGGGAAAGAAAUCCACCAUCAUUAUCUGGUCUACAUGUUACUCCAGACCCACAGCAAUGUGGUUGCCUCUCAAUUGCCCUCUGGGCAAUAAGUACUGGACUGGCCAUUGAUAUCCACAUCGCUUUAAUGAAUAAAAGUAAUCAUGAGCAAGACUAAGCCCAUUUGUCUCCAUUAGCCCAGCUAACCCAUUAAUCCCAGAAAUCACUCAGGUGAACCUCAAUGCAUCUCAAAAGUAAAAUGACCAAACAUUUACACACUACUUCAGGUGUGAUGUUACCAAUGCACCAUACAACUGAAUAUUUCAUUUGCCUUGCAAUAAAUGAUAGUCAUUGUACUUGUAAUCUGACAUUGAUUCAUCUACCAGGACACCCAAGACCCUCGUUCCCAUACAGUGUUCUAUAGACUGGUCUAUAAGUAAUAUAUUACUUUGUUCAUUCUUCCUGGUAAAGUGGAUAAGUUAGAUUUUCCCACAUUAUGACCCAUCUGCAAUUUAUUUCCUCCUCCCUUUUAUCUAUCACUAACUCUUUUUAGAAUUCUUGUAAGCAUCUUGUCAACCUAAAAGUGACCCAUUUAUCUCUGUUUCCUGCUACGUAGUCAUCCUGUUAAAAUAUUACAAGUCUACAAAGCUUUUUUUUAAAUAUAAUAACCCUUGUAUAAUCAUAUCAAACACCAUUUGAAAAUCCAAAUACACCAUGUCCACAGGUUCCCCUUUGUCCAAAAUGCUUGUUUCUUCCUCAAAGAACUCUAAUAAAUAGAUUGGCCAAACAUUAUUUCGCUUUCACAAAACCAUUUUGGCUCAGCCUGAUGAAAAGUUUCUAAAUGCUGUUAAUAGAUUUAAGUAUUUUCCAUGAGACAGAUGUAACUGCUCUGUAGUUUCCUGUUUUCUUGAUUAGAAAUGCUACAUUUGAUAUUUUCCUAUAGAGUAGAAAUUUUCUAGAAUGCAGCCAUCAUUACAUGUAUUGUUGUUAAAACCCGGCCGAUUCACUAAUGUCCUUUAGGGAAGGAAAUCUGCCAUCCCUUUCUGGUCUAGUUACAUGUGACUCCAUACUCAUAGCAAUUAGGGAUGGGUAAUAAUUUACAUCGCCAGUGAUGCUAACUCUAAAUUAAUAAUUUAAAAAUGUCUUUACCUUUGCUAUUUCAGAAUGAUAUUUUGUCUUUUUCUAUCUGCCAUUUUUGUGAAAUUUUGGCUGAAUUAGAUCAGAAUAUCUGUCAAGAAGCCAGAUUUGAAUGUGUUUUGAUUUUGUGAACAGAAAGAUUUCUUGUCAGCAAGCUGAGUGCCAGAUUGGCCAUUAAGCUUCAUGCCCUCUAUGUGUAGUUCAACCUUUUGAUUUAUUUUACUAGCUGGUUGUGAGGAUCUAAAAUCUGGAUCUAGGCUGUUGUCAGGAGCAACCAUUUAAUGCAUGCUUUUACUGACUACAAAAUAGCUUCUCAAUGCAAGUAACAUAAAAUAACAUAACAAAAUGGCUUCCAGGAGCAAUGGCAUCUAACUCUGCUGAAAACUGCAUUCCUAAACUAAUUGAAAGAGAUCAGCAAACAAUGCCCUGUUCAUAGUAUGAAUUAACUAAGUAAGAUAUGACAUGACUUUGGAAACCAGGUGUCCCGGAGAUAAAGAAGCGCAAAACAAGUCAGUUCCCAGGAAAUAUAAUUGGCUUAAUUUUAUGUCUGUUUGUCAUAUCAUUUCAUUUUAUUGGAUUAAGUUUGCAAUUAAGGCUGUUCUGUUUGUUAAGAAACCUAUAAAAGUUGUCUGUGUUUUAAGAUUGUGCACAGCCCUUCCAGAGUACACAAAGGAGUUUAACUUCUGUGUUGCUGGACAAUCUAUGCCCAGCAUCAUAAUAAAUUGUUAAAACUUGCUAAAA